UCGCGCGAAGAUGUCUGUGAAGAGAAACGAAGAAUAAUGGCAAAAUACGACUGUUUUCUCGGUUUAUCGGUGACCAAUUAUCAAGGGAACAUAGCUUAGGAGUUCUUAUUUUGCCUUAAAAGGAAUCUAUGCGAUAUGGAAGGCGAGGAGGAGAAAAACGACGUAGUAUACUCCAGUGGCGAUGAAGGUGGCGCUACAGUUAUGUCGGAACGAGUUUCCAAUCUCGCCAACAGUAUUUACAGCGAGUUCGAACGAAUGAUUCAAAAAUAUGAUCAAGACGUUGUAUCAGGACUUAUGCCACUUAUGGUGUCUGUGUUAGAACAACUGGACAGUGCCUAUGGUGACAACAACGAGCAGUUAGUUGAAUUGGAAAUAUUGAGUGAUGAUAAUGAACAGCUUAUUACACAAUAUGAAAGGGAAAAGCAACUCAGAAAGCUUGCUGAAAAUAGAUAUCUGGAGAUAGAGGAUCAUAUUGAAGCUGAAAAGAGAGAAUCUCACAAGCAGAUUGAUACAUUAGAACAUGAUAAUAAAAGUCUGGAAUCUCGAAUCAAAAGUUACCAAGACCAUAUUGAACGGCAGGAUGAAAGGAUAUCAGAGAUGAAACGUGAAUAUCAUGCUCUUCAUGAAAGACAUUCAGAGUUACUCCAUCAACAUAUGGAGCGGCUGCAGAGAGAGGACAGAAAAGGCUCAGCUUCCACAGCAGACACACCAACCAGAAUGCCUUUUAGACCAAGAACUGUCUCAACAGAUUCUCCGCGGUCUCCUGUUGGAACACCUACCACCUCUCUUACAGAAUUGCUACCUGGCACCUCUCCAGGAGGGCCCAAGAGCAUUGAUGGUGACAUGGUUGUGCCUCCAUCGCCUCACAGAGGAGACAGCAAUGAAAUGUCACUUGAAGAGGAGCAACUUGCUGGCAAAGGGAAAGGUAGUGAGACUGAGAAAAAAAAAAGUGUUUUGGAAGGUUCUCCUGCUGUCCAAAAUAUUCGCAGAUCUCGUGGUGGUGGUGUUGUUGCCAUGAGUGGUGACAGGCUGGAUAAUAACAGCAUUGGAGACAUUGUGAAAGGCACACCAUCAAACAUAGCCAGUUCAUUACAGAGUUUAGAUACAGAAACCUGUCACCUCUCAGAUGUUGACAACAUGCCUAUUAUGACGGUGACUGAUGUUGAAAGAGUAAUGUCUGGAGAAUCUCAAACUCCUCCAGAUGGAAGCUUUGUUCACCUGAGUAAUGACGCUGCAGCCAUCAUGGCCUCGACACCUGAAUUGAUACCCAACGCUGGGUCUUCGCCUGUCGAGGUGAUCAGAAGAGAGGGCAGGAGACAGGGUGGAGAGCGCCCCAUAUCUUUGGAUCUAGAGACACUACCUCAAGGUGUCAGCGCACAUUCGUUGUUUGCUGAGUUGUCUAUUCAAGAGCCUGACAUCAUUGGGCAGGUAGACACAGGUGCAGACAUCACUGCAAUGGUUGGAGAAUUGGACACAGUUUUAAAAGAGAAUAAAGAACUACUGACUGCAAAGACAAAACUUGUUACUCAAAAGAAUGAUCUUCUAAAGAGAGUUGAGGAGUUGUCCAAUGAAAAGGAAUUGGCAAGAGAGGAAGUUAUAACACUUCAGGAUACCAAGAGUCGCUUAUCACAGCACAUCUCAGAGAUUGAACAGGAGCUAAAAAGGGUGAAAAUGGAUGCAGAAAAAGCUACCGUGGCUUUAAAGGAGGCUAAUGUUUCAGCUGCUCAUCGGAAGAGGUUUACGCGAGUUGAGAUGGCUCGAGUGUUGAUGGAAAGAAACCAGUACAAAGAAAGACUCAUGGAAUUGCAAGAGGCUGUAAGAUGGACAGAAAUGAUCAGGGCAUCAAAGGAGAGAAACCUUGAACUGCAGCAAAAGAAGAAAUCAUCCAUUUGGAAAUUUUUCAGUAAUCUUUUUGGACCCUCGCCAAAGAAGCCUGCCCCACCCAUGGUCAGUAUCAGGUAUAACUCCCCUCAGGGGGAGGGAGAGUCAUCUCCUUCAUCUAGACGUAGCAGCUCUGUAAACUCAGGAUCUACAGGUUCAAUUGCUGUAGCAAGUGGUGGAGGAUUUGGUAGUGAAAACUUUGAUCGCCAGCGACUUGUGGAGAGAAGGGAACGCUACAGACAAGUGAGAGCAUUUCUUAACUCAGAUGUUGCAGAGGGUCGCAUGCAAGCUUAUGGCUGGAGUCUUCCUGCCAAAUACUCAACAGAAGUUGCAGAAGGAGGAAAAAGCCUGGUGUCUGUCCCUGUACCAGUCUAUUGUCGGCCUCUUAAUCUUAAUGACCCUGGGAUGAAAAUCUGGUGUGCAGCUGGUGUAGAUUUGUCUGGUGGGAAGACACAAGAUGGUGGCUCAGUCAUUGGUGCAACUAGUGUAUUUUACACAGACAGUGUGCGUGACCAAGAUGAAACAGGAAUGGACCCAAAGUUGGAGCCAAAAGUGUCUAUGGUUUGGAUUGGCAGCAGCACACACUCCUGCAGUAAGGUUACUGUAGUUGAUGCUAAUUACCCUCAGAACAUCUUGGAUUGCUUUAUAGUAUGUACAUCACAUCUGUUGUGCAUCACUCCUGUGCCUGGUGCAUCAGAAGGGGAUUAUCAGAGUUCAGAUUGGACAGUUGAAGAUCCACUUCACAGAAACCCUGACAAAGGUGAUUCUACAGAAAGUUCAGGAUUCAGUGAUCCACUGGGAGUACAAACAGCCCAAGGAUCAGACGCACCAACUGUAACAGACAUCACAGCUAGUGAAAAUACAUCAUCAGGAGCUGCGCAAGUUGAAGGAGUUGAGAAAAUGAGCAGUGUAUUACCAACCAUGUGGCUUGGAGCACAAUCUGGCUGUGUGUAUGUACAUUCUGCCAUUUCUGAUUGGAAGAAAUGUAUCCAUUCCAUCAGACUCAAAGACUCAGUCCUCAGUAUUGUAUAUGUGAAAACGCGUGUUUUAGUUGCUCUUGCCGAUGGUACAGUGGCUAUCUUUCACAGGGCUUCAGAUGGUCAGUGGAACUUUAACAAUUAUCACUUGCUUGAUCUCGGCCGACCGCAUCACUCCAUUCGGUGUAUGACUGUAGUACACGACAAAGUCUGGUGUGGUUAUCGCAAUAAGAUCCAAGUUAUUCAUCCCCGAAGCAUGAAAGUAGAGAAAACUUUUGACGCUCAUCCCCGACGUGAAAGUCAGGUUCGUCAGCUGGCCUGGAUAGGAGAUGGUGUGUGGGUUUCCAUCCGUUUGGACAGCACACUGAGACUGUACAAUGCCCACACUUAUCACCAUCUACAGGACAUUGAUAUUGAGCCAUACGUCAGCAAGAUGUUAGGAACUGGCAAAUUAGGUUUUUCGUUUGUACGUAUUACGUCGCUCAUGUUAACCAAUGACCGUCUUUGGGUGGGAACAGGAAAUGGUGUUAUUCUGUCGGUCCCAUUAGUGGCCGCACGUCCUGCUAGGGAUGACGGAGAAGCACAAACAAGUUCCCCUGGGACAGGAGCGACAGGAGGUCCAGGUGGAGCGGUUCGAGUGUAUAGUAACGAAGGCAAAGAUGGAGACACUCCCAGGGGCUCAAGCUUUAUGCCUUACUGCUCUAUGGUUAACGCCCAGUUGUCCUUCCACGGUCACCGCGACUCGGUAAAGUUUUUUGUAGCCGUCCCAGGCUCCAUGAAGAGAGUCUCUCAACCAGCGCCAUCCAACAGAUCAACAAGUCUCAGUGGCCCACCCGCUAAGUCUAGCCCAGAGAAGACUGUGACCGAGUCUAUGCUUUUGGUGUUAUCAGGGGGAGAGGGGUAUGUCGAUUUCCGGUUGGGAGACAACGAAGAGACUGCUUUGGAAGAGCAAGGUGGUGAUUUGAUAUCUGUCACAACUCGUGGUCAAUCAACCAAUGAGAGAAGCCAUAUUAUGGUUUGGCAGGUGUCAGUCACAUGAUGACCAUAGGUAUGGAAAGCGUUAGGUCCUGUUCUGUGCUGCAAAUAGCGUCACAAGUGCAGAAGUGUUGCAGUUUGUAAUCAUUGAAUAACUAGCGCGAAGGAGUCUUUACUUUUCUGAAGACAUUUCCCAUCUCACGCCGCUACAGAUGGCAAGCCAUACUGUUACUGGUUACGUUUUAUGAAAUAAUUGGAAUUUGACCGUGUCCUUGUAAGUCUGUAGGAUUAAAUUUGCUUCACUUAACAGGACCCACCUUUCCGAAGCAACAAAUAAGAGGUUAAAAAUAAUUUUUUUCCAAAACUCAUUUUAUUUGUCGAUAGACAUGUAUCAUUCACAUAUCACGACAGCAAUGUAAUGGCACUGAACCCUUUCACUCCCAAGAUGUCAUUAGCAAUUUUCCUUACGGUCUCUCCUACAAUUCGGUAUUGGAUCAGCUAACAAUCUAACUGCCUUUUUUUUAUGCUUGAUAUUGUAAAGAGAAAUUCUUUUAGUCACUUUUGGAAGUGAAAGCGUUAAGUAAUUUUCUUGGUUCUUGUAUUACACACACACGUAAGUUAAACAUAAUUUAGUUUUAGUGCCUUUUGUGACUGAUCAAGUUCGUUGGUCUGUUUCAGUUUUCUGAAGUAUUUGUAAAUAAGUUGCCAAUAAUUUCCAGAGUUACGAAAUGUAUUUUUGGUGGUACGUUGCUAAAUUGAGCAUUAGUGUUAACUAUUUUCCAAGGUUUAUUGCCAGUAAUAAUUGCAACGUAACGAAUUACAAAUCAAAAUAUAUAUCAGGUCAUACAAUUAUCAUUUAGUGGAAAGAAAAUCGACAUGAAAAUUAGAGCGCGAAAGGUAUACUAAAAAGAUUAUUAACAUUUAAUUUUGCCAUAAUGGCCAGCAGCAAAGGGUAUCGGUGAGUUUCAUUUUUACUGAAGAUUGAUGAGAAAAACUUUGAAUGGUUUCUAUUUUCAACUUUGCACAGGUGUGAAAUGAAAACUCACUGUUUCCGAGGUUAUAGCCAGACUUAGCUCUUUUCCUUUUUAAUGUAAAAAAAAAAGAAAAUCUGUUCUACACGCGCCACAACCGCAAAUAUAUCUUACAAAAUGCAAUCCUGAGUCACGUAACACGUUCAUCCAUUAGAAAAAAAGCUUAUUUUAAUCGCGGGUUAAAAAUACCUUUUUUUAAAGUCUUUCUUGACUAUGCGAGGGAAAUGUUGGACUUGGUGCAAAAUUUUAUUACAAAAAGUGUAUCUCUUCAUUCAUUGAUUUUUGUGAAUUAAAAUUCGUGCUGUUAAGGAAGACGAAAGGGGCAUGCAGGGCCGGCUCAUUGCUUUAAUUUUGCAGUAUUUUGCAUAGGUUUACUACCCAAAAUUGUUAAGUGAGCAUGAGGUGUCUGUUCGGCCGAAGAGUGAUUAUCGAUCACUUAAAUUUUUACAUUUGAAGGAAUAGAUGGUCGUAAAAAAUGAGUAAAUUUGUAUUCAAAGUAAUUUUCCCCAUAUCUUGUAAUAUUGUUUUGUAGUUUCUCGACAUUAUGCCCAUAUUACCUCUCUGCCUUAAAACAAGGUUAGUGUCGUCCCUGACAUAAAGAGAUGCGUUUUGGUCAAGUUCAAUCAAAUAUUACUCUCAGAAUUAAUUUAUUAUCAAUAGCCCAUAGCCUCGUUUGGCGUCCAAAUAAUAUGGUAGCUGACUUCAGUGAAGGUUCAAUAGUCUUUUGGUUCUAUGUAUUUAUUUAUUGUCUGUGGUUUUGUCCAUUUGUUAUUUUGAACUAAUAAAAUAAUAAACAGAUACUAGAAUUAAAAAGUUUCAUUUUA